UUUGUGGUUCUUUCGUCUUCGAGACCUCACAAUUCCCAAAUCCCAUUUCUCCAUUACUGCCAGCUCUUGCUUGAUUCGUCCACUCGAUCGCUGAAAAAGCUCUCGGAGAUGACGGAGGCUGCGAUUCGGAAGAAGCCUGGCAUGGCCAGCGUCAAAGACAUGCCAAUCCUCCAAGACGGGCCACCGCCUGGUGGAUUCGCUCCGGUUCGCUACGCUCGCCGGAUUCCCACCAAAGGCCCUAGCGCCAUGGCCAUUUUCCUUACUGCUUUUGGUGCAUUCUCUUGGGGGAUGUAUCAAGUCGGCAAGGGCAACAAGAUCCGAAGGGCGCUGAAAGAAGAAAAAUAUGCAGCCCGGCGAGCAAUAUUGCCUGUGCUUCAAGCUGAGGAAGAUGAAAGAUUUGUCAAAGAGUGGAAGAGUUACCUCGAAUAUGAGGCUGAAGUUAUGAAGGAUGUGCCUGGUUGGAAAGUUGGUGAAAAUGUCUACAACUCCGGAAAAUGGAUGCCUCCAGCAACUGGUGAGCUACGACCUGAAGUCUGGUGAUUUUAUUUGAAACAGAUUCAUUUGUGGUUGACAUGUAGUUUGAGUUUAUAUGCUUGCGACUUAUCCUCAUAUGGGUUUCUUGAUUUGCUGGUUCCUCCUUAUGAAAAUAAAAGAAGCAUGUCAAAAUUUCUUCAAAUGUUUUGCAAAUACUACUGUUAAAAUUGUCGUCUUUACUCAGUAAACAUCUUCUUUUACCCAUGUAUCUCACUAAAGGGUUGGGCUUGGAAUUAGACAUGAAUUCAUCUUCA